UUCUUCGAAUUGAAAUUUGGUAUUUUGACAUUUCUUCUAGUCGUGUUUUCUGUUGAUAAUAGUUUCUGUUGUUAUUAUGGAAUUUUCAUGGCCUUGGGAGUACGAUUUCCCCCCAUUCUUCACCUUACAGCCAAAUUUGGAUACUCUGAGAAAACAACUAGAGGCAUGGCGUAAACUUGUGCUCGAUUAUUGUCGUCAUAACAAAAUUUUUGUCCUUGAUGUCCAAGAGUCAAUUUCACUGUUUCAGAACAAAGCCAUAGACAGACAGCUUUCUACUGAAGGAAUCAACCGAGUGCUAGAGAGUUUGCUUGAAUACAACCAAAUAGAAUGGUGUGACAAGGCCAAAAAGCAAUGUCUUGUCUAUUGGAAGAAUCCUCAAGAAUGGGGGAACUUAAUCUACCGCUAUGCUUCAGACAAGGGAAUGACCAAUACAGUCUGCACCUUUUACGAAUUGACUGCUGGUGAUGAUGUUCAAAAUGAAGAAUUUGCUGGUAUGGAUCAAUCCUUGCUAGUAAAAGCUUUAAAGACACUUGAGGCAACAAAUAAAGCUGAAAUAAUUAUGUUUGGUGGAAAUGAAGGUGUAAAAUUUUUCUGAAUUUGUAAAUAUCAAUAUCUAAAAUAAAACAAUAAAUUUAAUUUUCCAAG